AUGGCGCCGGGUGGGCGGUUGAUGGUGGUGCUCAAGUACGCCCAGAUGACCAAGGGCAAGGAUCUGUACGGCCGGUAUAGGUGGACGUGCUCCUUCAAGGUGCAUGUCAUCGGUGAUGACGGGCAGUGGAAGGAGACGAGGGACAUUGGCAACCUCGCGUUGUUCGUCGGGGUGAACAACUCGUUGUGCGUGCCAACAAGUGAGCGCUCAGAUAUCAAGGCUGGCUGCAUCUACUUCACUGACGACGAACCGAGGGUCGCCGCCGCACUUGGCAAGCCCAUGGACUUAUGGGCUGACGAGUCCGACGCUCGGGCCGUUGGGGUGUACCGCCUCAAGGAUGGCACAGUAAAGAAGAUGGAGGCCCUCGGGCAUCACUACCGUACAUUGUCGGCACCACCGGUGUGGAUCACGCCUUCUAUUUCAUGA